AUGCCCCUGCCGGUUGGCGCUAAGAGGAAACGAUCGGAGCGUACGUACUCAGAGGAUCAACCGCAUUCUCGUCCUUCGCCUCAUCGACCGGGAAAUCUCAGUCUUGCUCAGUCGACGCCUUACCACACCUCUGGAAAUGAUCGUGACUACAACCAAUCGCGUGGAAGAGGUGGUCGGCGAUCAAGCAGAGGCGGUCCCGGCGGCAAUACUGCGUCAAGCACGGUUCAACCUCACGGAGACAAGCCUCCUGCGGCGUUGAUGGCACCGCUAGCUGAACGCGAGUCCAACACAACAAACGGCACCAUGUCGACAGCCCAGCAAUACCAACCCCAAAUCCCUGCCUUAUCCAGUCCUCUGCUUGAACCUCAGCCCUACAACUAUACUUAUCUGACAAACGCGGUUUGUGAGUCAUGGCAGACUGCGGGUCGAGAAGAUGCUUUGCGACUCGGCCUGCAAGGGAUGCAAGAGGAGGACGGAACACAGCUGACUGCCUUGAUGCAAGAGCUUGUUCAGACUGUCCUAUUUGGCAGGCUGGGUCCAUCAGAUGCGGGUGACCUGGUUAAAAAAAUGCUUGAGAGCGAGAUUCCAGAUCAAGACAACCAGCAAAUACCACACCCCACGGCCUUACAAGCCGCCCUCCUAGAUUCCAUAUCCGUCAUCUUCGAGAGCAAUCCUUUGAUACCGCUCGAUCGCCUGUCUGCAUUUGUCCUUGCGACCGGAAUACCUCACGAGUUGUUGCGACAUGAGCUGGACGCGCCUUUACUUGAAAAAUUGGAGCUGAUCAGGAAUACCUUCAAUCGCAUGGGCAUCAGAAAGCAGACAAACCUUCUCUAUAGACAAGCCAACUUCAAUCUUAUGCGGGAAGAGUCCGAAGGCUUCGCGAAGUUGAUGACUGAGUUGUUCACCACCAGCAGUAAUGACGUCCCGACCGCAGAAACUGUUGAGGACACAGUCGAAAAAGUCAAGGCUAUGAUCGGCGCAUUCGACCUGGAUGUGGGUCGAAGCCUGGAUGUUGUUCUCGACGUCUUCAGUGCCGUUCUUGUAAAGCAGUGUCGAUUUUUUGUCAAGUUCCUCCGCGCGAGUCCGUGGUGGCCUCGGCCGUCGACCUCGGUCAAGAAACCCGCGACUUUGACAGGGCUUCCAAUGUGGGCCUUUCCUGGCUCCCCUGAUUGGCAUCUCACAGAGGAGCAGAAACAAAUUGUCGCGGACGAGACUCGGGCUCGUGACGAGGCGUUUUGGCCCAUGGCUCGGGAGCGAGGCCUCGAAGCUUUCUAUCUCCUUGGGAGACCACAAGUGCCACAGGAGAACCUCGAACGAGCUUCGUCCUCGGGGGAUGAUCUUCUCGCGCAGUGGAUUCGAGAAACUGGUACCCUCCCCCCUGCCGGGAAUCGGGACGCCGCACAGCUGCUGGGUUUUAAACUCCGUUUCUAUUCAUCGUCACCGGCGCGGGAUGAAACGGAUGUACUUCCGGACAAUCUCAUCUACCUUUCGGCGCUCCUUAUCAAAAUCGGAUUUGUUUCGCUCAAGGAUCUCUACCCGCAUAUCUGGAGGACGGACGACGUGAUGGAAGAACUCAAAGAACAAAAGACCCGAGAGAAACAAGAGCGAGAAAGGGCCGCCAGACCCGGAGCAGGUGCCAGGAACGCGCUCACAGCGGCUGGGGCGCUGAUAGACGACACCCUACCGGCACCACCUCGGCUGAAAGAGUCAACCACACGUGCCAACACCCCGUCCAAAGAAGCAGAGCCAGAGAAGGCGGCUCCUAAAGAGAAUGAGCCUGCGGAUCAGAAGGUCCUAUUACUCAAGAGCUUGCUCGCCAUUGGGGCGCUUCCGGAAGCCCUCUUUAUUCUCGGCCGCUUCCCUUGGUUGAUGACCCUGAUCCCCGAUCUUCCUGAAUAUGUCUACCGUAUACUGCAUCACUCUCUGAGUUAUGUGUAUGGGGAAGUGCAACCUCUGCAAGAUCGUCCAAGCCUUCGGAGCCUGAAACCGAGUUAUGAAACUGAUGUCCCCGGCGUCCCAAAAGGACAGGUCAAAGUCGUGGAAACAACAGAGAGAAAGGUUCUCCGAUGGGCUCAGCUUGACAAAAAUGAUAGCCUCGAUGGCACUGAUUAUCGGUUUUACUGGGAUGAGUGGAACGAUAACAUUCCAGUCUGUCGAACUGUCGAAGAUGUCUUCACACUAUGCAAUACCUUACUGCCUCUCGUUGGUGUCAAGAUCGGCCAAGAUCCAGGCCUCCUCCUCAAGAUUGCCCGAAUCGGAAAAUACAAUCUACAGAUCGACAAAAGCGAGUCGAACAGAUCGCGAUGGUUGGAUCUGAUCAAACGAACCCUCCUACCAUCGCUGAGCUUGACCAAAUCGAAUGCCGGUGCGGUCAACGAAGUCUUUGAGCUUGUUAGCACUUUCCCCGUGAAUGUUCGCUAUUUGAUGUAUCUCGAAUGGUCAUCUGGGAGAACCUCUCGCAAUCCCGAUGUCAAGUCAGCAUUUGAUCAGGCUCGCGCCGAGACGAAAGAUAUUCUGAAACGUAUAUCCAAUACAAACGUACGGCCGAUGGCGCGGGCGCUGGCUAAGAUCGCAUUCGCCAACCCGCAUAUCGUGAUUACCACUGCGCUUACUCAGAUCGAAGUAUACGACAGCAUCGCAGAAGUCUUCGUUGAAGGCGCACGAUAUUUCACCGACCUAGGAUAUGAUGUUCUUACUUGGGCGAUUGUGAGCUCAAUGGCAAGGACGGGGAGAAAUCGUACCCAGGAGGGCGGCAUCUUCGCCAGCCGUUGGCUAUCAGCGCUUGCGGUGUUUGCCGGCAAGAUUUACAAGCGAUACGGUAUGAUGAAGCCUGGUCCAAUCCUGCAAUAUGUUGCUGGACAGCUUGAGCAUGGCAACACAAUGGAUCUCAAGAUGUUAGAACAAAUUGUUCUUUCUAUGGCUGGAAUUUCAACUGACACGAGCUACAAUGAUGCACAAUUACAAGCAAUGGGGGGAGGACCUCUCUUGCAGUCCCAAACCAUCCUCCAACUGCUUGAUCGACGGCAUGACUCGAAGAAGACGUCCGAGAGAUUGAUGAAGUCGCUUCAAGACACAGGCCUGGCAGCAAAGUUUUUAAUUUCCAUGGCGCAGCAGCGACAAGCCUGUGUCUUUGAGGAGGGACAGGUGCCUCUCAAAGCGAUCGGCAACACAUACGACGAGGUCCAUCGAGUGAUGGUGCAAUAUCUUGAUCUCUUGAGAACAAACCUAACCCCUGAAGAAUUCCGCGCCACGAUUCCUGACGUGGUGAGCUUGCUCAUUGACUAUGAGAUUCGUCCCGAAAUCGCAUUCUGGAUCAACCGGCCCCUUAUUGCUAGGCAAAUCCAGGAGUACGACAAAGAGAACGCAAAAGAUCAGCGAGCGGACGAAGUCAAAGAGGUCAAUGGUGACGUGGAAAUGUCGGACCAAAUCAACGCCAGCUCGGAGGAGGAUGGCGAGGCCGUUGAAACAGAAAACCUGAUCAACGACUCGCCAGCCUCAAGUGAUCCAAUGGCCCAGGCGCUUGAACUCGACGCCAGCAAGACCCCUGGACCAUCAGAUGCGGCGACGGACGAUUGCUGGCAUCCCGUGAUGAAGGAGCUCAUGACGGCCAUUCAGCCACACCUUCCGGGAGAGAUUGUGGAUAUCGUUGGAACUGGAUUUUACGCGACUUUUUGGCAGUUAUCAUUAUACGACAUCACCAUCCCCGGUAAAUCGUACGAAGACGAACUCUCGAGGCAGCAUAAAAAGAUCGCUGCGAUUUCGGCAGACCGAUCAGAUGUCAGCGUCUCUGGAACGAAGAAGAAGGAGCUCGCGAAACGAGAGAUACAGGAGCUCAUCGACAAGCUGCUUGCGGAAAACAAAGAACAUCUCAAAGCCUUUGCUGAGAGCAAAGCUCGACUACAGCGCGAAAAGGAGCACUGGUUCGUCGGGAAAGCCAGAAUGGACAAAGCAUUGAACACCACCCUGAUCGAGCAUUGCUUUCUCCCCCGGAUGCUAUCUUCCCCGCUGGAUGCUUAUUUCUCCUUCAAAUUUGUCAAAUUUCUCCAUGGUGCCGGAACGCCGAAUUUCAGAACUCUCGGCUUCUACGAUCUGUUCUUCAAGCCAUCCCGACUUAUCUCGCUGAUUUUCAUGUGCACCUCUAAAGAAGCAGAUAAUCUGGGGAAAUUCCUCAGCGAGGUGCUGAAAGAUCUUGGUCGCUGGCAUGGUUCUAAAGCAACUUACGAACGGGAAGGUUGGGGUAUCAAGAAAAACCUACCCGGGUUUGCUAUGAAAGUUGAAGCGGGAAAAGUUGUUACCCUGCUGGAUUUCGAAAGUUUUCAAAGAGUGCUCUACAAAUGGCAUGGGAAUCUGCAUACGGCUCUUCAGAAGUGUCUAACGUCCCAAGAGUACAUGCACGUCCGCAACGCGAUUUCUGUUCUACGCGCUAUCUCCGGGGUCUACCCAGCAGUCAACUGGCACGGCACGGGAUUGCAGAAGGCCGUCGAUAAAUUGCGCGAAUCUGAUAAAGAAGAUCUCAAGGUCUCGUCCCAGGCCCUCCUGGGCGCCUUACACAGGCGGGAAAAGUUGUGGGUGGGGUUAGAAAUCUUCCGCAAAGGUCCAGAAAAGAACGGCGAGGCUGAGCGUGACGCCCCCCAGUCGAAGAUUCCUUCAGUGCAAGAAUCUCCUGCUUCAACAACGGUAGCAAUCAAGAAGCAAGGGGUUGCUGAAGUCAAGGAUGCAGAAAUGACAGAUGCGCCACCGAAGCGAGAAGGCAAAAUUGUCCCUGACAACAAAGAUGGCGAAGAACCCGCUAAGCUUGCGAAACUCCAACCCACCAGCGGGCCCCCUACACCAGCGCCUAGGACAAGUUCCAGACCAGGGAACGCCAACGGUGCCUCGACUCCAUCUCGACAAGCCACUGAGCCUUCGGCGAAUGCAAAACGAGAGUCGAGGCCACCCCGUGCGGAAACAUCCAAACAGCAUGAACUUCCUAGACGACCUACUCCUCCUCCUUCACGGGCGUCUUCGAGCCUACCACCCCGUUCCGAGCCGGUGGAUUCCCGGAAUGGUCAUCGGGACAGCCCACGUUUGCCCGGACGUUUGGAGGUCGACCCUCCGAGACUGCCGCCUGAUGUUCGACCCAGUCGAGAUACAAGAUUAGGAUAUCGAGGGCUAGAAAGACCAGAUCGACCAGAUUCAGGCUUCUUCGACGAUGACCGACAUUCCCGGAGAUAUGAACGUCCUGAGGGCCCAGUCCAUGGAUCCCGUGAGGAUCGUGGGUAUAGUCGAGAGCACGACAGAAGAACUCCCUACGACAGACCUCCUGCGCAUGAGAGAGAUCGUCCACCUAUUCGCCCUCCACCAGUGGAGCGUGAGCGGGAAGGUCGUGAGCCAGCCCCAAGAUCGAGACCUCCUCCCCCUUCAGAACUUCCCCGACCAGAACCGCAACCUCCUCAAAAAGAGAACAUCACGGAGCCUCUCCAACCGAUCGUUAACCCAGCACGUGCUUCAUUCAUGGGGGAAGGUGGUAGCGACCGCAGAUCACUUCCAGGCUCCAGGGGCCAGGGGCAAGACAAGCCAUCAAGGUCAUCACGGCCCAGCUCUCCGCGAAGGGAAGACGACCGACGGGCAUAUCCCCGUCGUGAUGCGGAUGACCGAGCUAGACCAGAGACUCCCUCCACGCGGCCAUCUUCUUAUACACCUUCACCUUUAGACUCAGGUACUGUGCCUGCUCGGUCCAGUGCACCAAGUUCGUACAAGAGAGAGCCGCGCGACCUUAGGCAGCCUGCGCCUGUUGACAUGCAGCACGGCAGGCUCGAACAGGAGUCGGUACAGCAGCCAGCGGUCUCGCAAACCCCGGACCGUGGUCAAGAGUCUGAUGUGCCGUCCGGCCCUCGCGGUCGACCAGUGGCGGGAGGAGGAUCGAGGGUCAGAGCUCCUCCACUCAAUACACAAGUGCCGCCUCCACCUAAUGCAGACCGACCAACUCCAACUGGACCUUCGAGACGCCAUGGACGCGCUAGUUCCUAUGCUGAGAAUUCAUCUGCACCUUCUACCCCUGCCGCUGAUGCAGCAGGUGUUCACCCCUCUCGCCUCGGCCAGAUCGAUCCGGCGGCCUCGGAAACACCACGCGCAGGCCAAUCCACACAAGCUCUGCAGCAGAAUCAGCCGCCGGCAGGCCCUAGGGGAAGUGCACCUCUCGGAGCUCCAUCUGGGCCGUCGCCUACAAGCAGAGGUCCGCCAUCCGGUCCACAGGCUGGGGACGGGAACAUUCGUGGGGGACGAAACAAUCGUAACCCACUUACCGCUGUUAACAACACGCUUGCUCAGGCUGGUACCACGAUUCGUGGGCGAGGAAAUAUGAGACAGAGCAGUGCCAGUUUUGGUUCGCAUAUGCCUCCUCCACCACCACCCCCACCGCCGGGUGGUCCUCCCACCGCGGGCCACGGCCAAAGUCCCAAUGGAUACCCAUCACACGAUUUGUUUGCUUCCUCGAAUCCUAACGACGUGCCGGUGGGCGCCAGACCUCCUUCGUCGCGCCACGACGGCAGCAGGGAUCGCAGAAGCGAACUCACCGAAGACCGAGAGAACACCGGAGCGAGCGAAACGGUCGGGACGGAAAAGAAGAUCGAUACGGACUGGGUGAUGUUUCGAGGCGGGAGGAAAGACCGAACCGGAGAGAAAAUCACCCGCCAGAUGCCGACGAUCGGAGGCCAGGAUAUUCAAGAUCUGCUCCUUCGAGAGAUGACACGCCGUCCUCGAGAAAACAUGGUCGAGGGGAAGAACCGAGCAACUAUGGGGCUCCUAGCCAUGGAGGUGGUGGAGGUAGAGGAGGUUCAAGAGUUGCCAGUGAAAGUAAGCGGGUGCGACGCGGGCCUUGAAGAAAUGAAGUGGUGUGGACAAUUGAAAUGUCUGUUCAAACCAACGUCGGGAUUGCAAGCUGGUGGAACGUGA